AUGGACAGUAUCUAUACUAUCCGCGACUCUCCGGGUGAAGGUCUAGGCUGUUUCGCAACAACCUGCAUCUCCCCUGGUACUCUCAUCCUCAGUGAAGCACCUCUUUUUUCUGUGCGCGAACCGCGCACCAACUCCGCCGUCAUCUCGGCGUUUGCCGGUCUCGACCAUCUUCAACAAGAACUAUACCUCACACUAUAUGCCCAGAAAACUACAGCUGAGGGUGAUGCACGUGUCAUCGACAUCUUCAACUCCAACGCCUGGCAAACAGGAUCCUGUACCUCAAUCUGCCCACUUGCUGCGCGCUUCAACCACUCAUGUGUCCCCAACGCAAGCUUCGCCUGGAACUCACGAACAUCGCAAAUCACUGUACACGCCAUAGUUGCUAUACCGGCAGGUACGCAAAUAAACCUCAGCUAUGAGCGACCUUAUCAGACGAUGAAAUCGCGACAGGAGAAGCUCGCGGCCUAUGGGUUCAUCUGCUCCUGCAGAGCGUGUAGCAGUGACGUUGAGGCCAGUGACGUACGCAGAUCACGGAUGGUGGUUUUGGACGCCAGGAUCCGGACGGGACGGAGACAGUUGUGGAGAUCACCCGUGCCGAAGGCCGCGCUGGAAUUGGUGAAACUACUAAAAGAAGAAGGUCUUGUUGGGGAAGCCCUGGGGUUGGCAUAUCACGAUGCCACGAUUGGUUGGAAGAAGUAUGGAAGGUUAGACUUGGCUCUUCAGACCGCCGUCAAAGAGCUGGAAAUUGCUGUCAUAUGCUUUGGCAGGGAUUCGCCAGCAGUGGACGCGUCGACUGCAUCAGUGUCAGAACUCAAAGCAGAGUAUGCCGAACAAAGCAGGCACCGCCCUGUUCUCGAUGAUACUGAGCUUCUCGAAGUCUUGGAUAAAAACCUGGUUGAUGAUCUACACCUGGUGUAGGGGUUGGGUUGCCGAUUACCGUGUACUCCCUGUUUGUUGGCAAAACGCGUGGCAACGUGUAACGCGCAGAACAAGAAUUCCAUGAUGGCAAACGACAGGAUAGUUUUCGAAAGACUUACAGCGCAGCAAACAACUUCAAGAUCAUCAACCAAGCUGCUCUCUCUACCUAGUGCAACCGACAAAAGCAGUUUACAGUCUUCCACUAUUCUCCCAAUCCUACCACACAACUCAGCGAGCAUGUUUUGCUAGCAAAAUCACAUCUCCCUGGUUUUCCACCUUCA